GAGAUGCAGCUUGCCGAUGCAGCCAGCGCUGCCAACCAGACGGCAGAGCAGCAACAGAAGCUUCAGGUGUCUCUGGAGGAGGAAAGCCGGCAGAAGGAGGAGCAAAGGCAGCUGGCGGCCUCCUAUCAGGAGCAGUGUGCCUCCCUGGUACAGCAGCUCCAGGCUCUUAAGGAAGCCGGGGACUCCGCAGCCCAAAUCCAAGAGGAGGCUACACGCGUGUCCGCAGAGAAGGACAUGCUGAC